AGAGAAGCUCGAUCCUCUUCUUUUAGGUAUUUCCCCAUAUAUUGCUCCAGUCCCCACCCCCUUUUUUUAUAGCUCAUAAGCCGUUCUAUUUUGAAGGAUCUAUGCGUGUCAUUAUCUUUUCAUUAAUCAUCCAUGUCAAACAGUGAUUGGUCGCUAUUAUAGGGCCAAUAUAAUCUCUUGGAAAGUGACCGGAAUAUUCGGCCUUAAGUGGUCUAGGUAUCGUUGUAGUUGAUGUUAAUUGGAUUUUUAAAAUAUUGAUUGGGUCUACUCCCGUGUCGGAAUCAGAUCUAUUCAAAAUCAGUCAGCCGCAAUGUGUACACUGGGUGAAUAUCAAUGGUAGGAAACUUCACAGGUUACUGCAUGUAUGUCGAUGUUCAGAGUCCAGAGAUUGCGUAGAGAAUUCACGGAUUGAAAAAGAGCAUUUAGAAUCCUCUCUCAACUGAUAUACUGGACAUCUUGCACACCUACCACCAGAACCACACAGUACAAUGGAGAGAUGGGUUGGACGAGUUGCCUUGGUAACAGGAGCAUCUGUUGGUAUUGGAGCAGCAAUUACUAGAGCCCUUGUAAGACAUGGGAUGAUUGUUGUCGCCUGUGCUCGUGGAGUGGAAAAAAUACAGGCAAUAAAAUGUGAGCUUGAAGCUGAGUCAGCGUCUGGUAAACUUCAUCCAAUCCAAUGCGAUCUUAGAAAGAAAGAUCAGAUAGCAGCCAUGUUUGAAGAGAUCAAGAAGGAGUUUAGGGUAGUUCAUGCCUGUAUUAAUAACGCAGCUGUUGCCUACGGUGCUAAACUUGUCACGGGUGAUUCGGACGAUUGGCAGGAACCAUUAGAUGUAAAUGUCAUGGCUCUGUGUAUUUGCACUCAAAAUUCAAUCAAGCUAAUGCUGGAUAAUGAGGUGAAUGAUGGACAGAUUAUACAUAUUAAUAGCAUUUCCGGUCACAAGGUGGUAGGUGACCGGUUCUAUUGUGGAACCAAGCACAUGGUGACAGCUUUGACAGAAGGCUUGAGAACUGAACUGAGAGCAAUGAAAAGCCACAUCAGAGUCUGCAGUAUCUCACCCGGUGUAGUAAAGACUGAAAUGGCAGCAAGGAAAGCACGUCAAGAUCCCGCAGAAUGCACAUUCUACGACACACAUCCAAGUAUCAAAGCAGAAGAUGUCGCCAAUCAAGUCAUUCACGUUCUUCAGCAGCCGCCUUAUCUGCAAAUCCAUGAAAUAUUGCUUCGACCAAUCGAACAAAAGAUAUAGAAGAGUUAAACCUACAGCAUCCAGCAAACAAUAUUAAUUUGAAUGGCGGGUUGCCGUAGACCAGAUGAAGCUACAGUCAUUUUCAUCAACCCAACCAUCUUUUGCAAAUAGACCAGUUCGUAGUUACUUCAUGGACAAUUUCGGUCAAAUGACCUUUCAUUUCUUUCAUUGAGAUUUCAGAUUUCAAAGCAAUACAUUACGUAAGCCUGCCUUACAUAGCAGGAUGAAGAAAUUGAAUAGACCAGGUGACCAGAAUAGCACAUCAAUGAACACCACUAGCGUACCUACGGGGGGGGGGGGCAGGGGGGGCACUCUGCCCCCCCCCCCCCUGACGAGCCACAUCCCAUACAAAAGUCAUAUACCUGCCCCCCUGACGAGCUUGAAGACCUUUAUUGCCCCCCUGACGAGCUUGAAGACCUUUUUUUUUUUUUUUUGCUUGUCAAAUUUUUUCUGGUACAAAAUCCUUCAUUUGUGAUUGAAGACCUUUUUUUUUUUCUUCUUUUUUUUUUUUUUUUUUUUUGCUUGUCAAAUUUUUGGCGGACGGUUUUGCCCCCCCUGUGAAAAAUCUCAGGUACGCCACUGAUGAACACUCUAUGAAGUUAUUUGUUGCAUUUCUACUUUGAAUGCAUAUUAAUAGCAUGUUUUAAAAUGUACUUGGCAAACUGUGAAAUACCAGUCGUUCGUGGACGCAUUGUUGUUUUUGUGGAUGUAAAUGAAAAACACAAUUCAAAAGAAUAUAUGAAUAAUCAAGACAUCAAAGUUGGUGCCUAUCUCAUCAAAUUGUAAACCACCAUGUCACUUUAGUAACAAUGGCCUUCCACGUACUGAUCAUGCGCUGAGUGGAACUACAAACUGGCUUAUAUUAGCCAAAGGUGUAGUGGUAUAUAUCUGCCAGCUCAAAGAUCCUCAAAGCACCAAAGACUACGCGCUACGUACGCCGUGGUGGCAGUGGCAUGGAAUUGUGCGUGCGGUGGUUCUUCACAUGUAUAAUUAUUUCAUUUGGUAUACGCGCGAAAUAAUGAUUAGGCUUUCAAUUUUUAAUCUACUUAUUUUCUUGGGUAUAAACGCGUAUACCCUUCACUACACCACUGAUACUAGCAUUUGAUUAUUGAAAAAUAUGUCAAAAUAAUUAACAAUGUAUCUUUGUACCAGCAUUGUAAUAAUUAUUAUGUGUAUUAUAAUAUGUUGAUCUUCCAAUGUAUAAAACUGAAUAUGAAAUGUA